UAAUGAAUUAGAAUCAUAUGGACGGGGGGGACUUGGUCCUAAAUCAGGCACUCCUACUCUGAGAUGCUUUGUGACUACGGCCCCUUCCUGUGGCGCUUCCUGUGAUUGGUUCAAAUGCCAGGCUCUUUGUGAGACCAUCAGCUGAUAGACAUUGUUGUGAAUAUAAUCAUUUGGGGGAUUUAAACUUUCGACCAGUGUUGAAAGAUCCCUUUGGACAGAUCAUAUCAUCUCCAUUGAUACACAAAACAAUACCAGUUUCCCUUGGUUACUUACCAACGUAACAAGUCUAACAGAAAACACUGCUCAUCUCUGUGUGUUUGACUCUUUCGAGAGUCCUCUUUUGGAUGGACUGUAAAGAGUAGUUACGAGCGAGAAGUGUGUGUGUGUAUGAAAGAGAAGUAUAGGAGUACUUUCCUCACAGGUAACACUCUUUGUGCUUUCCCCAUUACAGUACCACAGACAUUACUGCAGGAAGCAGACCCAGAUGUACUACACAGACCCACCUCACACCCAAAAGCCCACCCCGGUCCUCACCCAGCCCACCCCGGUCCUCCCCAGCCCACCCUGGUCCUGCAGAUGUGGCUGUCUAUCCUAAGGACUCCAGAACACCAGGAAACACAGGAGUCAUGAUGAGUAACUCUGUUAUGACUUACUCCUAUAUUAAAGAGCAUCCAGAGACUGCGGCGUUGCUGUUCACCUCCAGUGUGUGUGUUGGUCUGCUACUCACCCUGCUGGCUGUGUCUAUCAGACUGACCUGUAGGGGGCUCCGCCACACACACAAAACACAAACACGCAGGAGCCAGGAAGAGGAGGAUGAUGAUGAUGAUGAAGAAGAGGAGGAGAUGACUGACUGCUCGCUGCUGUCGGACUCAGACAGGCAGCUGGCUUACUGCUGGGAGGAAGUGAGCUACAGGACAGCGGACGCGGAGAGGCUGAACGCAUGGAGAGGAGGGACAUGGUGA